CUUGGAUUAUUGUAUCAAGCAAACACAGUCGAUGUUGAUUUUCUCUCCAAGGAUUUCCGGACUAUUUGUACAUCAACAACAUUUAAAGGAAAUAAUCGCAGAGUGCGAGAUAGAAUGGUGUAAAUGAUUCAUUGUGUAGCAAAAUUUCAAAAGCGAAUUCAGUGGCCGCGUACACAUUCGUAAAAUGAAAAUUACCUGAAUCUGUGUUUAUUUUUAUGUUCGCUAAAAUUUCCGUGAAAAAAUGAAAAUAUUUCAGGUUUUCGUAAAUUAGUUUUGAAUGAAAAGAGUAAUCGCAAUCAACCAGUUAAAAAAAAAAAAAUGUUAUACAUCUACUCACACAAGUGGGAAUCUCGACCUGCAUUGAAGAAUAUAGUGCCUGUGUGAUGUGAAAGGAAGUUCAAUCGCUGCGUGUGAUUUACGAAGAAGAGAGAAAAACGACAAAUGCAUGCUGGAUCUUGAAAGUUAGAGGAACGAAUAAUAAAGUGUAAUAAAUUGAAUUAUAAACUGUGCUAGUUUCGUUGUAUCCGUCCGAGUGUUUUGUUCUAAGCCGCAAUUUUUCACUCCAUUCAAGUGUGUCCAUUUGCGUAAUUACUUCGUUGCUUCCGGUCUCUUCCCGCGUCGGAACUGUCGGCAGGCAUCCAUUUAGGAAUUAAGCGAUAAAAGCUUGGAAACGUGAAGAAUUACACAUAGUGCACAGUGAACGGUAAAUCAUUUUCCGUCGGCAAAAUCGAUUGUGAAGUGAGGUGUUAAGUAGGGUGAAGAUUGGUUUGAUUACCGAGAAAUUGAUUUUUAGUGGAUUACUGCGCGGAAAAGGCGCACAAACGGUAACAAAAUUCACAAGUUACAUAAAUCAUCAACGGCCAUGGCGGUGGUCCGGAAGAAACAAGAUGAUAAAAUCCUGAAAACGCUCCGGGAGCUAGUCGGAAUCGGUGGCAACAAACAGUGCUUCGAUUGUGGUCAAAAAGGUCCAACCUACAUCAACAUGACCAUCGGCUCUUUCGUCUGCACGACCUGCUCUGGAAUACUACGCGGCUUGACUCCACCCCAUCGCGUGAAAUCGAUUUCGAUGGCAACUUUCACCCAGGAGGAGAUUGAUUUUGUGCGUCAGAAUGGCAAUGACGCAUGUAGCAGAACCUGGCUGGGCCUGUGGGAUCCAAAACGGGCCAUUAAGCAAGAGCACCGUGACUUCAUGAUUGACAAAUACGAACGAAAAAGGUAUUAUUUGGAGCCUGCUAGUCCACUAAAGUCACUCUCCACCAACACAUCAAGCUCAACAAGCUCACUUCCAUCCAGUAACGGUUUCAGCAGCAGUAGUAGUAAUAUCAGUAGUAGAAACGGCACAGAAAAUGUAGUGCCACUGAAAACGGUUACGCUGACACCGCCAUCGACGUUGCGGCUCUGUAGAACCAACUCCACUUCCAGCAACGUUCUCAACGGUAACGGUAGCCAUCUACCCUCAGUCACGAGCUCUAGCACGAGUCUAAAGUUCCAGCAACAGUUCUCCCCCGACGAUAGUAACUUUUUUAGUGAGCCGCCCAAAAUUUUACCACCGACACCACAAAAGCACUCUAACAAUCAUCAUCAGCGGUUGAAUGGUACCGUCAAUGGAGCCAAUUUCGAGCGAAAUCAGCGAAACGGGCUGUUAACUAGUACUAGCAACGGCAACAAAUUCACCCCGGACUCGGAUUUCGUCGCCGAUUUCAGCAAUGCAAAUAUCGUCAAUGUCAACGGUUCGGCUAACGGUAGUAGUGGGUUGAAAAAUAAUAACAAUAAUAAAUUAAGCAACGGAUUCAACGAAAAAGGGAAUUUAUGUAAUGGUCAUCAGAAUGGAAAUGGCGAACAAUCGAAUAGCGAUAUGGAAAACUUUGCAGAUUUCGAACAUAAUACGAUCUAUAAUGCUGCCGAACACUUGAGUGGCUCCAUCUUUAGCAAUGGCAUCGACAGCAGUACGACAAACAGCAGCAGCAGUACCACCAGUGUCAACAGCAUGAAUAACGACCUAUUCAUCAACAAUUACAGUCUGUUGAACAACAACAAUAGUACCAACUCAACCGACUCCGUCCCCGUAGGUGUGUCUGGUGGUGAUUUUUCAACUUGUAACAACACUCAAUUUACCGCUUUCGGAGAGUACAAACCCAACACGUAUGUUUCUAGUCCAUACUCGGGAGCCAAUGUCCAACGAUCGAACGGUUAUAUUUGCUUUCAAAAUAAUUAUCCCAAUGGCGGAAGUAAUAGUCUUAGUUACACCACCAAUCAAAACUGUAAUGUGCCGUGGAAUCUUUGGAACAACUUUAACCAGUGGCCGCCCAAUGAGCAAACCAUCAUGUUCGGCAGUGCGAACAGUCUGAGUUGUGCCGGCCAAAGUCAGCAACCGGCGAUGGGUUCGGUAAGACAUCAUCAUCAUCAACAACAGCAAAAUCAGCAGCAACGUCAUUGCUCAAAUCAGAAUCGAUGGAGUGUUCCAAUUUCAGCCAGCUCAAAGUCGGCAACGGCUUCAAUUUCUACAGCGCCGUCCGUUGAUAGAUAUGCUGCAUUGAAAGAUUUGGAUGACCAGCUCCGAGAAAUCAAACUCGAGUGUGAAACGAACAACAAUAACAUUGUAAACGGUACGAGUAAUAGUAUUAUGAAUGGAAACCAUACCAAUGAUGUUCAUCAAACAUCAACGGCUAAUCCCUUCAAGUCAGCAAAUCCGUUCCAGCAGCCACAACAGCACCAACAACAUCAGCAACAACAACAGAGCCUCAACUGGACCAUACCGGGUUCAACGUCGUCAACUGGAACGACUACCAAUGGUUUCUAUGGGACAUCGCCGUACCAAAAUGGGUUUACGCAUGCAAAUUAUAUCAAUGGUAAUGCACCUAACGGAAUCGGUUUCUCAAAUAGCUUCCACCAACCGAGCAGCAAUGCAUACGGUUCGGCCGGUAUCGGCUCCCAGGUAGCACCACAGUUUAACAGCGCUGCAGUGGGUAGCGUGCAUCAGCCACUGAAUCACUUCGGGCACUUUGGGAACCCUUUUGUGACCGCAGGUGCAACAACUGCAGUGUCCAACUCGAACAAUCCGUUUUUAUGAGUAGUCUCGUAGCAGCGCACGUGCUCCUAUCGUAAAUCCUAAGUAGAUUACAAAUUUGUGUACAGAUUUCAGUGACAUGCAUACCAAUACAAACAACAUACCGGAAGGCGAAUAUUGGUCUUGCUAUCUAUCUGCUGGGGCUUGAAGUGUAACAAGAACAAAGAUAGCGGAUGUAUAAUUUCAAUGCAUUAUUAGGACAUGCAUUGAACAGGAUUUCAUCAUUGAUACAGUAAUGAGCAUCGAGAGAAUUGGUUGAAAAAAAAAACAGAAGUUCUGGUAUUUUCGUCGUAGUGUAUACAGUCGCAUGAAUCUGUAUAUUUGUGGUUCUGUUUUUUAAUCAGUUAGAUGGAAUACAGCCAGAGUAUGUAAAAUGAUUUUAUGAAUACAAAACAUAACUGAAUUAGUUGGGUUUUCGUGUGAUACAUAAGACGUGAAGAAGAGUUACAAGAGUAUUGCCAAUGUGCCGAAUCGAGGUGAUAGAUUCCAUAAUAUAUAUUAGUUUACAAGGGAAUAGAAGAUGUUUGUUUUCCUUUGCGUCUGAUGUCGAUGUUUUUUUUUAAUUUAGACCGACUGACUAUUCGAAGGGAACCUCAUAUUAUGUGUUACAUCUGUUAUUCACAGAUUAUCUAAUCCGAUUUUGAAAUAUCGACUAAAGUAGCAGGUUGUAGUGAAAUAACAGAUACCCGAACAAGUGAUAGUAACACUCUUAAGUUUGUUGGCAUUGUUGCUACACGAACUUUUGAAAUAUGUAUGAUAUAUCAUUGUUUACGCUUAGCUUCGUGGUUUGUAAAGAUCUGAAUUGACUGAUGCACUACAAAGCCACAAAAUGGUUAACUCUGAACGCAUUGUAGAAUGAGAGAUAUGUGCUACACAAUAAAUGAUUCAAUGAUUUCCAAUAACUUUUGAUAAGCUUGUGGCUUGGAAGUAAGCGCUUUAGAAACUGGUCCUACUUUCCAAACAGUGAGUUUUGGUUUUGCAUCACUGGUAUAUUCAACAUUUGAACCAUUCAUUAAUUAGUCAACUUUAUGAAAAAUCAUCAACGAAUUUGACUGUAAGUGAUUUUGAAAUUGUUCGCUAUCACUAGUGGAAAUUUUCGUUAAAUAUGUUUGAUGUGAAAUGAAAAAGAGUGAGCUUUUCGCAUAAUGUUUAAUCAUUGGCGUAUUGUUUAAAAUCAUUAUCUUCGAUAUUUUUUCUACUUAUUAACCUUUUUUAAUGCACAGACUCGAAAUCAAUGUGACCAAUUUUCGCUGCGAUAAGAAAAUUUGCAAUCACUUGGUCAAUAUUUUCGAAUAUUGACGGUCCACUCCCAUGACCAUUAACUCAAAAUCCGUUUGCUGGUACAAAUUGCAUUUACCUUGAGUUAUGUCAUCUUACAGAACACUUGCGAGUUUAAAUGAACUGUGUUUUUUAGAACUAGUGUUUUUUUUGUCUAUCCCUCAUGGCAAAUAGCAGUCGGUCUGAAAGAUGUACAUAUUGAAAAUCAUUUGUAGUUUUAUAUGUUAUGCUUUUAACAAAAAGUCCCUACAGUACACUAACCAAAUAGAAAUGGAAAACUAGUAGAAUCACGUCGCCAUAAUUACGCAUACCUACAAAUGAACAAGAAUAGUAAUGUGUAAAACAUUCAUAUGAGCAAAGAGCAACAAAUUGAACAACAGUAAUACAAAGAAAAAUAAUGUCUAACACGUUUUAGUUUAGAGAUAUUUAAUACUUAAUCGACUAAUUAGAAACAUCGUUCAAGUAACAGAAAAACACACAACGUUAUUAAGAAAUGUGCUAUUUCCUGAGCAAAAAUCGGUGAAAUGCCCAUAAAUAUAACCGAUCGUAGUUCCGAAAUCCAGUUUCACUUCGCACUCGAAAUUUAAACGAUCAAUUUGACAGUUUACAUCGCAUACUGGCUAUAAUUCGCCGUAUAAUUUUGCGAAUUAAUCGAGAUUUUGAACUGCACACUCAAAACGCAAUGUGCUUCUCACGUAUACAUAAAUACUAACAAUCAAAACGUUAUUUCAUGUUACAGAUCUAUCAUGCUAUAUAUUUAGAAGGUUGUUGGUUAUGCAUCGAUUAAGAAAACCGCAAUGUACUCAACGCUCGAGAAUGUCACUCAAAACAGAUAAAUCGUUAGGUCAUUCAUGUACUGAACUACGUUGAAACAAACAAACAAACAAUAUCGAAAAGAAAUUUAUCAAGUUGAAAUGUUGUAAAAGUUUAACUUUCAUGCAAAAAAUGCUUUGAGGCCUUAAAAAAAGAAGAGUUUUAACAAAAAAGAAUAGAUUUAGCAGAUAGUGAACGAAUUGAGAUUCAAUCAAUGCAUGCUUUAUCAAUUCAAAUGCAUACAUUUCGUUAUUUACAAAACACGUCUAAAAGGUGAUGAUAGUUCUUAGAGAAAUUUUUGCUACUUCCUUUUGUCGCUCUAUAGAAAACAACCUUUAUAGCAAAUAACUAAAACUAGCGCUUUAAAAGUUGAUCAUUGUAAUCAACCGAUAAUUUUUAUCAUCUUCGUUUCGUCAAAUCGUGUAGAAGUAUUGCAGAGUUUUGGAGUACAAUUUGAGCUGAAGUAACUCUUUUGAUUCAUGUUGCUUCGAGCGAGAGAAUAUUUUACAUAUUUUAAUGACAAAAUCUGCGCUAUUCAAAUACCAACGAAGUGUUUUGAAUUCAAUCCACUUGUCCGUUAUAUCUGUUCGGAUAAACAAUACUGUCGAUAUUUUAAUUCUUUCUAGAUACAUGCCCUAUUAUAUAUGCAAUCCAAAACAGAAGUUGAAAUUUAUCCAUGGUAUAGUUUAGUAGUUCUUCGAAAUGGUUAACUGUUACGACACUAAAAUGAGAAAUGAAGUGAACGAUCAAAUAGUUGAUUGCAUGGCGUUUAGGCAGUUUCAACUGUUAUAAUUCUAAUAAUGAUGUUAGUUGUAUUAAAAACAAGUGGGGAAAUGCUAUCUACUACGACAUUUAUGCGAAACAGUUUGAAUUAUAACUUUAAAAAGUAUCAAAAGUCCUGAAUAAAGAAAGUUAAUAUUUAAUAUUUAUAAAUAUA